AUGAAGAAGCACCAGCCGCACUCGGUGCAGGGCACCUUCAGCCGCCUCUUCGGCAAGCGCCACUCCAGCCCCAGCGCCGCGUCGCUGUUCGCCACCAACCCGCCCUGGAUCUUCACGCAGGAGGUGACCUCGGACAGCGCGGGUGGCACCGGUGACGUGAUCGAGGUCUACUACGGUGACAAUCGCUUCGGGACAGUGACAGACUCCGGCACAGCCACGCUCAAACCCCGGCCCAGGGUCCGGCCGCUGCUGACCUUCCUGCCCCUGAACGCUCAAGAAUCCCACGGGGUGGCUGUGCCAACGCCGUCGGUGCCAGAAGACUUUGUGGAGAAGGCAGCUCUUGGCCCUGGCUCCCAGCUCAAUGGCAAUUAUCGCAUGUACAGCUCGGUGGGGGACCUGCGCCCGCAGGCCCUCGAUGGGGAUGCCCUGGAUGAAGAGAUCCCCCCGCCGCCAUCGGUCCCCCCCCCCCCCCCUCCAGCGCCUGUGUCACCCCCUCCGGCCUCGCCGGUCCCGCCGCCCCCCGAAAUGCUGCCACCGCCGCCGCCACUGCCACCCGAGAUAGUGCCACCGCCGCCGCCACCCGAGAUGGUGCCACCGCCACUGCCACCCGAGAUGGUGCCACCGCCUCCUGCCAUGGCAGCCCCGCCGCCUCCUGCCUCUGCCCUGUCCUCCCCCAGCACUCCGGCUCCUCCAGACUUCAUCCCGCCGGCCCCGCCGGGCGCCCGGGACCCCGCGCCCUUCGGCAUGUCCAAGUGGAAAUCCGAGACCGUGCUGAACACGAGGCAGGCGGAUGCCGAGGGGCCGCUCUGCGCUGCCGAGGCCGGGGCGCCCGCAGCCCCCAGCCCCAAGGAGAGCCUGCAGCCCAAGCCCGAGCCCCACCUGACCUUCCCCAGGUCGUUCAAGGUGCCGCCGCCGGCCCCGGCGCGCUCCUCGUCCAUCCCGGUGCAGGAGGGCCAGCGCGGGCAGGAGCCCGUGCCCAGGCAGCCUCACGCCCGGCCGCCCCUGCCGCCCUGCUUCACCAUCAGGCCCGCGGGCAGGGCGCGGCCAGGGGAAGGCGAGCAGAGGAGUUCUGGGCUCAGACAGGGCGGUGGGAAGCCGGCUGUGCCCCCUCCGCUGAGCCCCAAGCCGGGCCCAGGGCUCAGCCAAGGCGCGAAUCCUGCCGGCCGCCGGUCCCCUCUGCCGGGCUCCGAGGGGGAGAAGAUUCCCCAGCUGAAAGCAGCCGGGAGAGACUCCCCUCCAAAAUCUGAACCUCUCACUGCCAACGACCUGGAUCUUCCUCCUCCGGACUACCCGACCUGCGAGGAUGACUGGAAGGAUGCCAACAACCUGAACAAGCUGCGGGACGAGCUCUCAGCCCUGCUGCGCUCCCCGCGCCGGGAGGAGAGGCCGCUGGAGAAGCCAGGUGCUCCCCAGCCCGUGGACGGCACUCCCAGCCGUGCUGGCAGCCAUGAGCCAGGGCUCAGCGAGCCCCAGCUGGCCAGGAAGGACACGGGGUUAUCCAAGGGAGGGGAGAGUGGGAAGAAAGAGGCGCCCAGCAGCCCCCCCAGCACCAGUGGGGGCUCUCCCAGCACUGCAGUCACCGCCCCAGACAGCAACCCUGACACGCAGCCCCGCAGUGUGAUGACCAUCAGGAACGAGCUGGAGGCUGUGCUGUCCCUGAAGAAAGAGGGGAAACCUGCCCCGGGGCUCAGCAGCCAGAAGCAGGGUGUGGAGAAUGGCAUCAGCACCCCACAGGUGAGGAAGAGCCCCCCUGAGCUGAGGAAGAGCCCCCCUGACACGAGGGACUCAGUGGUGCCAAAGCCGGUCCCCAGCCCGCUCCCAGCCCCGGCGGCUGCUGUGAAGGAUGAGACAGAUCACGAGGACCAUCCUGCUCCUGCUACUGGCAAGGUCACAGAGGACGUGAGCCCUGCUCCUGGGUCCCUCAACAGCAGCGUGAAUCCCCCAGUCCCACCCCAGGGACCGGCAGAGGAGCCCCCCGCUCCCAGCCCCCCCUCAGCCGCCGUGUCCCCUGCACAGAGCCCGGCACCACAGCCCAGCUCAGCCAUCUUCCAGUACAAAGUGCACGGGGCCGGGGCCAGCUCGACCGAGCCACCCUGUGCCCCGGGCUCCGCUGAGCCCCCCUGCCCCGGGAGCUCGGGCAGGAGCCCCCCGGACCCCUCGGGAGCGGGGCAGGAGGAGGUGCUGAUCCACCCGGUGACGGGGGAGCGCGUGGAGCGCGGCUCGCCCAUGGCCCUGCUGCUGGCCGCCCGGCAGCGUGCCCAGCGGGGCCGCCAGGCCGGGGACGGCGCGGCCGCGCUGAGGGCCAGGCCGGCCCUGCGGCUCAGCAGCGCCUCGUCGGACACCACCUCCACCAGCUUCUUCCGCCACGAGUCCAAGCCCUACUCCUUCACCGUGGUGCCUCGGCCGUCUGCGGCCAGCCCGGCAGCGUCCGGCUGGAGCAAGCCCCCCUCCUUCUCCAGCUCCUCGGAGCAGGGCCGGGACGCGCGGGCGGCGGGCGAGGCGCAGCCCCCCGGGCCCCGGCGAGCCGCUGCCUCGAGCCUGCUGCGGGGCCUGCUGGACUCGGGGCAGCCGAGCCAGCCCGGCCCGGCCCGCCACGGAGCGCCCAGGGAGGAGGAAAACGGGGACACGGCGCUGGACUUCGGCAUUAUCCCCCCACCCCCCGAAUUCAGCAACGAGGCGGACGACGGUCCCCUCCCGAGUCGGGAGGAGAGCCGCAAGUGCCCCAGCGUCCCCGAGGGCAGCCGGGGCUCGGGAGAGCCGCGCUAUUUCAGGUGGGCUGGCUACAGCCGCAGCUACGGGGGCAAGCAGGAGCCAGCAGCUCCGCUGCCCUUGGAGAAGAGCUGGAGGAACGGCGACUUCACACCGCAGUACCCGGAUUACAGCGGCUCCACCAGCUUCCCCAGCCACGGCCCCAACCCGCGCCCGCUGAUCAAGAAGCGCCUGUACAUGUCGGAGCCCGACAGCUCCUACCCCCGGGCGGCCGCAGCCCCCCGGGCCUCGGGCACCCUCUCCUCCACCCUCUCCUCCUACGGCCCCGGGGGGUUCGGCUCCACGGCCGGGGAGGGGUCUCGCCGCCCGGGCCCCGGCCACAGGAACGGCCCCUCGAGCGCCCAGGGCAGGCGGGCGUCCACGGACGCUGCUGGGAAAGCCGCGGCGUACGGCGGCACCGCGGCUGAGGCCAAGUACAAGGGGCAGAACGGGGACUUCUCGCCCGCCGGCGUGCUGACGGCCAGCAGGCCUGCCCACGGCACCUCGCACUACGGGGGACCCUCCAACACCUUCACGGUCCGGCCCGGGACCCGCCAGCCCAUCUCCUACGCCUACCAGAGCCACCGGUAGGCUGGAAGGGGCCAGGAGGUGCCUGGGUUGGACCUUUCCUUCUCCACGGGCACCAGGGACGGUCCCAACCCAGCCUGAAAAUGCACUUGCUUGAGACUGCUGACGGAGAAGCUGGGGAAUGAGCCCGAGACUGGACUUUUCUCAAAAGACUGCCAUGGAGAGAAGUUACUGCAGAGGGCAGCCCGAUGCCUUGUUACGUGAGCAAACGUGGUUUCCCUUUCCCCCGUUUUCCCUCCUGGGGUAUUUUCAGAACUGCAGCCUGAUAUAGGCUGUCUAGGAAAGCCAAAGAGCAUCCUCAGCUCUCUUUAAAGAGCAUCACCACUGGAAAGAUUGAUUUUGGUUUGUUUUUUGAUUGGUUUAACUCCAGCAUGUUUGGGAGCAGGGAGACACCAACUGAGAGAUGUGCACAAUGGAAGCAAAGCAGUGCACAGCUAAAUGUCAGGGAUUGAAAUAUUGAAAUAAGAAUGUGAGGCGAGCUCGAUAGGAGGAGAGUUUAGGAUGCCUUGAUGUCCUUAAGAGUUUGGAGCAAAUCAAUUCUGCCUUAAACCCAGCUGGAGCAGUCAGAGCCUGUCCUGCCGAGCCGGGCUCUGACCCCUUCUCCAGGAGCAGCUUCGGGAGCAGGGCCUUGCUUUGCUGUGCCUUUUGGUCACUGUAAAUGUUUCUGUUGGUAAUUAUUCCUCGUGGAAGGAGGCUGUGAGGCCUGGCUGGAUGGCUGUAGAGCACUUGGGAGAUGCAGGACACGGAGCAGUCCUGUUCCUUGGGCUGGUGGGUGCCAGUGACUCGCCCAGGUGCUGUGCUGCUGGUGCUCUCCCCGAGGGCUCUCUUGCCACAUCACACCCCUGUGACCCCAAAGUGUCCUUAUCAGCUGUCCCACUGAGACCUGGCUUCCACGUGCCUGAUCUGGGCACCAAAGCUGCGUUUCAGUGUGGCUGUGUUUAUCCUGUGGGCUGUUGGCAGGGGCACCUGCAGGGAGCUGGCUCCUGCUGUUUCCCCCCGUGCUUUCCCAGGUACUGCAGGUGCAGCCCUGCCCCUGCUUCCCCCCGAGCCUCGGAGCAGCUGCAGGUGCCUGUGCAGGGCUGGCAGCUGGCAGCAGCCUUAAAGAGAUUCCAGCUUCCAGAGGGAGCAGUGGGCUCUCGCCACAGCUGACCUGGGUUGGGAAUAGCCAACUUGCUGAAACUAGAAACAGAGACUCUUCCUCCUGGGUGAA